AUGGAAACUGCUCAAGCCCCGAAUCCUGGGGUAUUAUCACCUUCGCGCAGCUCUGAGGCUUCGUACGAUUAUCUGAGCGCUCGUACCGAUUAUUCGUCGGUCAGAUUCAGCGAUGACGAUGAAAUAGUAUGGUCUGUUUCGGACCUAUCGCUUUCCUCGUCCAACGACAGCGUAUCUCCCCGUUCUCCCGCGUGCUCAGAGGACGACUUCGUCCUCCUCCGCCCAUCCGCGUCGGGCUACCUUACGGCAUCUUCGAGCCCUUCCUCAGCAUCUGUCCCCAGUGCUGAGAACAGCCCUAUCCGUGUUUCCGUUGAAGAUUUGUCGAAUAGGGUGUCCUCCCUCUAUUUAGGCCCAUACGAUUCACCGACUACCCCCAAGCCCCCACUCUCAUCCAUUCGAGCGGCACAACCCCCUUCAGUGCCUUCUAGCUCUCCUAAGAAACGCUCGAAGAAGAAACGUACCGUUUCGGUAUCUUCUUCCACACAGUCCAGCACCCCCGCUGUGAGCGCAGCGAAGGCUGUGUCGGCGAAGAAGUUGCAGCAAGCGACCAAUUCUGCUACGACGAAGCCUGCCAAGGCUGUGUCUAGCAAGACCACUAAGAAGGCAAAGAAGGCUGCAGCUGCUACUAGCCUAGUUGCAGCACCGGUCGCUGUCGAGGUACAGAGCUCUGGUCUUGGCAACAGGGAGGUCGUGGACGAUGUCUCGGAGGCGGGCGACUACGGUCCGACUGCCUAUCACGAUGCCGUGCAGUAUAUUUCGUCUUCCCUCUCUAAUCCGUCGGAGAAAUCGACCCUGUCGAACUUGAGACUACUUCAAGCGCUCAUAAUCGAGUUGGGGCUGUGCCCCUCUGCUCUCCGGCCUUCUGGGUAUGAUUCGAUGUCCUUCCCUUCCCUGCCGUCACUUCCGAAUUCGCUCCGCGCAGCCAAGAUGCUGCUGAAGUCCAGUGUCUUCCUGAACGUGAGGGAUUACCUUGACGUCCGGGGCCAGGGCCUGGACGCGCUCCGCCGUGUAAUGCACCCGAGCCGCAAGGCGCUGAUGCAUGAGGUCCGGAAGAAGGGCAAGAGGAUGCCCGUCGGCGACGUCAAGGGCAUGGGCUUGAAUGUCCUCUUAGUGAGAUGCUAUUAG